UGAAAAGCAGUUGCAGGAUCACAGGACCCUGUGGCUGGGCUCUCUCUGGACCUCAUACAGACUGGCAGCAUUUGACUUACCGUUAUUUGGUAGACUUACUCUUACAAACAGUUAUAUGACAGUUAAAUCAACUUCAAACUAUUCUGAUCCAGAGUCUUUCUCGUCUCAUUCAUCAUCGUCAUGGCAGAGUCUGGUUUCCCUUUGCCGCCAGAGGCUUACUGUCCACUGUGCGUGGACACAAUGAGAGAUCCGGUCACCAUCCCCUGUGGUGACACCUACUGCCUGGAGUGCAUCAAGAUCUACUGGGACCAGUUUGACCACAUGGGUGUGUACAGCUGCCCACAAUGCCGCGCAACCUUCACGCCACGGCCUGUGCUGAGACGUAACCUGCCCGACGUAAACCACGAGCCUCGGCGCCAGCUGCCGGAGCUCACCCCUUUCCCUUACAUGCAUCGUGAAUCCUUCUGCGAUUUCUGCGUCGGCCGUCGCAACAAGGCUGUCAAGUCGUGCCUCAUGUGCUUGGCUUACUACUGUGAAACGCACGUCAAGCCUCAUUAUGAGUCGUCUACUUUCAAAAGACACAAGCUGGUGGAUGAGACGGGCCACCUGGACAGGAAGAUCUGCCCCCAGCAUGAGAAAGGGCUGGAGCUGUUCUGUCGCUCGGACCAGAUGUGUAUCUGUGUCCUGUGUACAGUCAGAGAGCACCGCAGCCACAACAUUACCUCAGCAGAAGAAGAGCGCAUCGAGAAACAAAAAGUCCUGGUGGUCACCCAGUCUGAAGUCCAGCACAUUAUUCAAGAGAGGAUGAAAGAGCUGCAGGAGCUCAAGCAUAAUGUGGAUGUUCUCAAAAGUUGUGCCCAGCGAGCACAGGCAGAAAGUGAUAAGACCUUCCACGAAAUGCUCCAGGCAGUGGAGCGCUGGAAGGCUGAAAUCAAUCAGAUGAUAAUGGCCAACAUGCAGGCGGCGAUGUCACAGGCCGAAGGCUACGUGGACCGUCUGGAGCAGGAGAUACUGGAGCUACAGCGCAGAGACGCCGAGCUACGGCAGAUCCUCGAAACAGAGGACAACAUUCACUUUCUGCAGAAUUUUCCAACCCUGUGUGUUCCUCCUGAGGCCAUGGUACCCAAAGUGCUCAUCAACCCUCAGUUCUCCUUUGGAGAGAUGAGCAAGACAGCCACAGAGAUGAAAGAACAUCUGGAUGACAUCUGUAAGAAGGAACUGAGCAAAAUCUCUAAGACAGUUAGUGAAACCCCCGUGUACAUACUUUUGCCAAGAAAUGGAGACAAACGACUCAAAGUUCCUUCCAGAGUAGAUUUUCAGGAGCCAAAGACAAGAACAGACUUCCUGAGAUAUGCCUGUAAGAUGUCCUUUGAUCCAAACACUGUCUAUAAAGAGCUGGUUUUGUCGGACGGAAACCAGCGAGUCACCCGAAAGAAAACAGUCCAGUUUUACCCGGAUCACCCAGAACGCUUUGAUGGCUUCUCUCAGGUGCUGUGCAAGGAGCCUCUGACUGGUUUUAGAUUUUACUGGGAGGCGGAGUGGAGCGGGGAGUUCUCCAUCGGGGUGGCCUACAAGAGCAUCAGUCGCAAAGGGAAGAAUUCAUACAGCCUGCUGGGCUACAAUGAUAAGUCUUGGAGUCUCCUCUGCUCAGACUCAGGCUACUCUGCCUGGCACAACAAAGCAGACCGAGACCUUCCUGGUGCUCCCCGGGCUACACGAAUUGGUGUGUACCUGGACUAUGCAGGCAACACUGUGGCCUUUUACUCAGUAUCAGAGACUAUGGAGCUUAUUCACAGUUUCAAAGCUCAGUUUAGUGAGCCUUUGUUUGCUGGUUUUGGUGUGGGCUCCUCAGUUACCCUCUGCCAACUGAAGCAGAAUCCUGUACCUUACUAAACCCUCGUAGCAAAUAUGAUACAAAUGGCUUUAUAGGGUUAAACAAUCAGGACACACUUACUUCCUGUUCUCAAUAUUUACUCAAUUCUGUUGACCAACAGACCAGAACAUAGAGCAGGAAUUCCUUUUAAAAUCAACAUCGUCUGUCAUACAGAUACUCUGGUGGUUUUGUGGGGCCUUACUGAUGCUCUCCAUUUGAGCUACCUUAAGAAGCUAAGAGGUUCCGACUUAUUAACUCCAGGUAACUGGGCGAGGAUAGUUUCUUUUCCACCAGCUUUCACUUCUUGUGUAUUUCACAAUAUAUUUUGUUUUGUUUUGUUUUGUUUUUCGUCUGUCCUCCUGAAAGGGUGAAACAUGAUACAGGGGUUUCUGGUCUCUAUUCUAAGAUAAAUGGAUAUAUAUUACUAUAAUGGAAUAGAAAACAAUAAUUACUGUUAAUUGUGACUAAUUGUAUCUAAUUUUGCUCUUGUUUUUGUUUGUUUAAUUGUUUUUGUUUUUUAUACUGAAUACUGGACCACUGACAUUCUGCUGAUUUCCUUUGUUUCAGAGAUGAGAGAGUUCAGAUCACUGACAGUUUCAUACAGUGGGUUUGACUUGGAAAAACUUUCCGUACUGUACAAUCCAAACCUAAAAACCUAAAC